AUGUCAUUUAGUAUAACUCCGUUCAAGUUUUACAAUCGAAAAAUUUUACGUCCGAUUACGAACGAUUGUGUUGUUGAAGUCUCAAGCAAGGAUCAUGAAAAUGCCAGUACUAUGCCUCCCUCUGCUUCUGCUAGGAAACGCUCAUUUUCCGUCAGUCCGGAUGUCAAGAAAAAAUUGAAACUGCCUGAAAACAACGCUGACGCUGAUUUAAAUUGUUUUAGUUAUUGUUUUAAUGAUAAUGAUGUUUGCCUACAUAGCGUUCCUAAAGUUAAAAAGAGAUGUGCCUAUUCCAGGACUGGCCGUCUAUUCCAAGGUUCCAUCAUCAACAAGUUGAAUGCUGCGUCAACAACAAAUUCAUCAAAAAAUAGGAAAUGUGACUCCAGUUUCGACAAAGGUGCUGUUGACAAAAGUUGCAAGGUAAAAUGCAGACAAAUGGCUCUAGAUUUUGGUCAGAAACUCAAAGAGCCCAAGCAGUGUUCAGUUUGUGGGUUGACCUACAAUGAAAUACAGCCUUCAGAUGAUCUCUUCCAUACCAAAUUUCAUAAAAAUUUCUUAUCAGCUCUAAAGUUUAAUGUCACAUCAAGGCAUAGAAUUGUACAAAACCUACCAGAUGGUGAAAUAAUUGUGAUGGUUCUUGAGUCUGAUAAAUCUUCAAUGUUAAAAGUUGAGCAAAUUAGAAAACAUGUGGAUGUUGAUUUGGGCUUUGUACUUAAUGAACAAUCCAAUAACCCUUUCAAGGGAUUCAGAAUGGUUGACUCUCCAAAAGACGAGCUACAACAGGUAAACAGAAACAUUAGCAACAGUAAUAGCAAUAACACUAACAACAAUAAUGAUGUCACUAGCAUUAAGAAUGACACUAACAAUGAUAGCAAGCACAAUGGCAGUGUUUAUGAUGACAGCAGAAAUGUUCACAAUCAGCAACCUUAUUGCUGCAGCACAAUAUCUGAACCUGUGAGAUGCGGCAUUAGCAGGAUAUGGGUCUCAAAAUCUGACAGAAGGAAAGGUGUGGCCACCAGAUUGCUCAAUUCAGUUAGAGGGCACUUUUCAUUGGGCAACCCACUAACAAAACAGCAGAUUGCAUUUUCUCAUCCGACCCCAGAUGGCAUCUGCUUGGCCACCGCCUACACUGGCUCUCCACACUUUCUUGUCUACAGAAACUGA